ACCACGCAGCAUCUGUGGGUGAAAUUGACAGAUGCCGUGUCGCGUCUACAUCCAUUAGUUGUACUGAAAGAUAGAAAGGAAAUUACCGAUAUCUACCCUGGAGCAGGCGAUAGGUGGAUGCAAGUGAGGUAAGGUGAUUGGAAGAUGGAGGAGGGACGAAUGGGACUAGUGAUAGAGGUUGAGAGGUCUUACACUGAGGGUGCUGGGUGUGUAGUUCAAGAGUGACUGCUGUUAUGAAUGCACCACAGCUCUGAGGGGCCGAAGGGGCGGAGGAGCCCCCUCUUUUGUGAGAAUCGCAAGAGCAUUAUUGGGUUGGCUCAGAGGACCCAGGAAAUGAGAGAGAGACCUGGCCAUUGUCUCCUGGAGACCAUGUUUGUGGAUUGGGGACUACCCUACGUGCAAGCCCUCAGGCAAAGUGGGCUGGUUGAGAGAGCAAUUGCAUCAUCCCAACCUGAUUGACAUCUGAGACCCCGUGAGGAAGUAUAAAAGAGGGUCUGGGGCAGGGGUCGGCAACCCGCAGCUCCGGAGCCGCCUGUGGCUCUUUCAUCUCUGUGCUGCGGCUCCCUGUGGCUUUGGAAAAUAAAUGAUGAGUAUUUAAUUAAAAUGUAUUUUAUGUUAGUUGUUGUUAGUUUUUUGAAAUGUAAUUCUAAAUUUGAAGAUUAUGGUGAUCUUGUACAAUCUAAAUAAAAUGUGUUUUUGUCGCUAUUAAUAUACUUCACCACUGCCAAUGCCUGACACCGGCUAGUGCGCGAUUUCUUUAAUAUUUCGAUCCAAGGUAGGCUAACUAUGGAGAAUUCUAAAAAAAGAAAAGUGACUGAAGAAAACAGAACAUUUAGUGAUACGUGGGCAGAUUCAUUUGCUUUCACUGCUGACGAGACUGGUUUACCGUUAUGCUUAAUAUGCAAUGAGAAACUAGCAAACAACAAAAAGUCAAAUGUCGCAAGUCAUUUCCAAAAUAAACACGCAGCCUUUGCUCAAAAAUAUCCGGAUGGUGAUGAGAGAAAAAAAGCCGUUUCGGAACUGAUGCGGAACUGAGCAAAAAUCAUUUCAAGAAGUGGAUGAAAUCUGGAAAUUCAACUACAUAUGCUAGUUUUGUUGCCGCUCAGGAAAUAGUCAGGCAAGGGAAGCAGUUUACAGAUGGUGAAUAUAUAAAAGAAUCUUUCAUUAAGAUUUCAGAACAUCUAUUCACGGACUUUAAAAACAAGAGUGAAAUUGUGCAGAAAACCCCUCUCUGCAAAGUCUGUCAAAGACAGAACCAUAAAAAUGGCAGAAUACAUCACAAGGCAGCAAAUUAAAGACAUCAAUUCAGCUGUGGCCUACUCGAUUGCCUGUGACGAGUCUAAAGACAAAGGUGAUAUUGAACAAAUAGCACUCUUCUGCCGGUAUGUAAACUCUGCCGGGCCACAGGAAGAAAUGAUUGAGUUGAUACCUCUAAAAGGCCAAACACAAGGGGAGGACAUCUGUGAGGCUGUCUUGAAUUGUUUAAGAGCCAAAGGAAUAAAGACCACCCACCUGGUGUCAGUAGCUACUGAUGGGGCACCAAGUAUGACAGGAGCGCACAAGGGAUUUGUGGCUUUACUGCAGAAGUCGCUGGACAGAAAGCUGCUGACUUUUCACUGCAUCUUGCACCAAGAGGCACUGUGCGCUCAAACAUUUCCUCCGGAAUGCACAGAAGUAAUGGAUGCUGUCAUUCAGAUUUUCAAUAAAAUAAUGGCAAAAAAUUUAAAUCACCGUCAAUUCCGUUUGUUACUGGACGAGCUGGAAAGCGCAUAUUCUGAUCUCCUGCUGCACAACAAAGUCCGGUGGCUGUCCAGAGGGGAGUUACUGAAAAGCUUUGUUGCGUGUCUGGAAGAAGUGAAAACUUUCCUGGGCAGCAAAGGGCUCACCUUUCCUGAGCUGGAACAGCCAGAGUGGCUGGAGAAGCUGCACUUCGUGGUAGACAUGACAGCGCACCUGAACACGCUGAACACAGCUCUUCACGGAAAAGGACGCACAGCCCUGCACAUGUUGGAGGAUGUUUUGGCAUUCGAGCGCAAGUUGACAGUGCUUGCCAGAGAUUUACAGAAAGGCACAUUGUCUCACUUCCCCAAUUUGAGAGAGUUCAAACAAGCUCACGACAUGAUAAAUUCGGAGUAUUUACAUUCUGCAAUCAUCGCAAUGCAAACAUCGUUUGGGAAAUGCUUCUGUGAGUUCAGAGAGGAAAAAAACACAUUAUCCUUCCCGGUCACUCCCCUAAGCAUCGAUCCAUCCCUACUGAAUACGACUGCAUUGGCAGGUGUGAGUCAACCUGAUCUUGAGAUGGAACUGGCCGACAUAGCUGACAAAGACAUAUGGGUGUCCAAGUUUAGACACUUGACAGCAGACCUUGAAGAUGUUGCCCGUCAGAAGGCUGUUCUUGCUCAGAAUCACAAAUGGAGUGAUAUUGAAAACCUCCCCAAAUCAGACAUACGUGUUCGAAACAUGGAAUGCCAUCCUCAACAUUUAUGUAAACAUUAAAAAGUAUGCGCUUGGAGUCCUGUUGAUCUUGGGAUCCACAUAUGUAUUGGAGCAGGUGUUCUCCAACAUGAACUUUAUUAAAAACAAACAUCGCACACGCCUCACAGAUGACAGCUUGCGAUCCUGUGUAAAGAUGAAGGUGACGUCAUACAGCCCUGAUGUGCAAACGCUGUGCGCUGAGGUCCAGGAGCAGAAAUCCCAUUAACCAAGUUGACAGCUGGCUGACGUUAUUUUUGGUUUGCUGCUGGUGGACAAUUUAAGUUCGGCGUUUUUCAUAAAUACAAGAAGGACUCAAAUAGACAUUGAAUAUUUUGCUUAAAACUAACCUUCAACCCAACAUCUUUUUUUUGGAGUUCAAAAUGUUUUUGUUGCAUGCAGAAAUGUAAUUUUGUUUUCUCUGCAGGAGUACAUCGAUCUCAUAAAUGCAACACAAUAUAGUUUGUUUAUACAUAGCGUAAAGGGAAAAAAACGUUGUAUGCAGUGUUAUUUCAUUUUAAAUGUCAAACGGGUUUUGUGGCUCCCAGUGUUUCAUUUUCUGUGGGAAACGGGUCCAAAUGGCUCUUUCAGUGGUAAAGGUUGCCAACCCCUGGUCUGGGGGAACAACCCCUGUCAGACGUACCAGAAGAAACGCUAACGAUCCCGUAGUAGCGGGAAGCCAUUUCAAGGAAGCCACGUGCGUUCGGUUCCCUCGCCUGGGGGCCGGUGGCGGGUACCACAGAAACGAUUUUCUUGAACUAACAACGGGGAACCAACUUUCCCGAUUCAAUGGAUUUGCUUCAUAAAAGACCCGGGCAAGUUUUUUUUCUCACAAAUCUCUCUCUCUCCAACAAGUGAAAACCCAGCGGUCCCCAAAGGCUGAAGCCUGCAGGAACUGAGUGACUUUUAUAUUUCCGUCGGACAAUAUAUUAUCCCCUAGGCAAACAAUCGAGCUAUUUCUUAUUGAUGAUUAUUAUUAUACCCGCACUUUUAGAUUGAGUAUUGAUGACGUAUAUUAUCUGAAUGUUUGUAUUAAUCUUAUUUU